GGAAAACAUGUGUCAGCUUGAAUCAUCAGUUGGACUCGUGCCUUCAAAACAGCUGGUUGUGUCCCUUGAGGUACGGAAAUUGCGGGAACCCAUUCCAUCGAAUCCCGAGACUUGUUUUCGGGACGUUUAGGUGGAACAUCGGCCUCACUGUUUUCGCCGUUGUCUAUUCAAAAGGAUAUACGAUGCCCCGACCGCAACGGCGUGUGCGUGCCACCACGGCCACUCGUAGGGCUGCCGUGGCCAAGCCCGUGAUGCGUGAUGCCUCCCAAUCGGAUUCAGCUAUGGUCGAGCUACCCCCGCGAUCCUCGCCCCGAAAGAGCGUGUUGGGCGUAUCUAAUGCGCUGAAUAUGCUCAGCCCAACCGCCUCAUCUAAAAGCCGGAAGCCCAUGAGUACCCCGACCGGCACACCCGUGGCUCUUACCCCGAGUAAAGAUGCGGGACAAGCCAAGCGAGCCUUGAGCACGGCUCUGCCCUCAGCCAUUGUUGGACGCGAGGUUCAAAUGCGGGCCAUUCAGGCUUUCUGCCAACACAUGCGACGCCCCAAAGGCUCACGGUCUCUGUAUGUCUCGGGUGCUCCCGGUACGGGUAAAACCGCUUGUGUGCAGUACCUGUUGGAUCGAGAGCCGUCUAGUGUGGCGGGUCGGAUUCUUUUUGUCAAUUGUAUGAGUCUGAAGCAUCCUCGAGAUGUGUACGAGAAGAUUGCCGAGCAAAUGAAAUUGAAGGCGGGCCAUCAGCGAGAUGCCCGCCCAAUGAUCGAACGAGAGUUGUGUCAGAAGCGCAAUUAUACCCUAGUCUUGGACGAAAUCGAUCAGCUGGAAAGCAAAGGCCAGGACAUAUUGUACUCGUUGUUUGAAUGGCCUUACUUGUCGGUGUCCAAGCUCGUUCUCAUCGGCAUCGCCAACGCUCUAGACAUGACGGACCGCAUUCUGCCUCGACUCAAGACCCACGCUGCCGAGAUGCCCGUCCAAAUUUCAUUUCCUCCUUACGAUGCAGAUGAGAUUUUCCAAAUCCUCUCGGAUCGGCUCAACCAGGAGAACGCAAAUGCCGACGCGUGUCUAAUCAAACCCACUGCCUUGAAGUUUCUAGCCAAGAAAAUCGCUGCCGUGUCCGGUGAUGUGCGGAAGGCCCUAGAUGUGUGCCGCCGAGCCAUUGAGGUGACCGAGAUUCAGAACCGCAAACGAAGACUCCAGAACGGGCCCCCAGCCGAGGAUCAGUGUAUUGAUGUACCCUGUCUGGUCAAGAUCUUCAAUGAGGUGUACUCAUCCCGCGUUACUUCGUCCCUCCAAGAUAAUCAGUCGGACUUGCCACUCCAGCACAAGAUUGUCAUGUCGGCGUUACUACUCUUAACUCGGACUGCCAAAGAGGUGAAUAUGGGUAAGCUCCAAGAGACCUACACCCGAAUUUGUGCCAAAAGACAAGUUCCUCACUUGGACGUGUCAGAGCUGUUCUCCAUGUGUCAAAUGUUGGAGCUGCGAGGAUUUGUGGGCUUGAAACGGACCAAGAACACGUCAACCCGUGAAGCUAAGAUCGCCUUGCGCAUCGACGACAAUGAGGUCGAGCAAGCAUUGCAGGACAAGGCUCUGCUGAGCGCCAUUAUCAAUGACUCCACCCUGAUCCGGUGAUGUAAAUAAGAACUUUGUUGAGCCUGUUUCUAUCGGAACACGGCCGAUAAUCGAUACUCUGCCCUGAACGCCGUGCAUAAAUGUAUGUACUUAGUAACCUUUGAAAUAAAUUCACACUGACCUAACGAA